AUGGAGUGCUCAGCCAGUGAUUCCAGUCAGCUCAGGUGUGGGUGUGAUGGAGGCGCCUGUGGGGCACAUUUGCAGCUAGAGGAUGCCCAGCGUGAGCGGCGCCGCCUCCUGCAGGCGCGUCACCGGGCAACCCUUGCAGGGCUGUUUGACAACUUGAGGGAAGUGGUCUGCCCCGUCGCGAACAAGGCACCCACAAAGUGGCAGGUUCUGCGCAGAGCAGCGAGCUACAUGCAGCAGCAGGAGAGAAGGCUCAGCAGGUUAUUGAGGCUGAAAGAGGUGUUCCAGCUGGAUGAUGGGGGCCCGUGCAGUUUGGAGGAAGUGAGGCGGGAGUACAUGAGUCUUUAUUCUGACUGCAGCCCUAAAUCCACAGUAAAGCUGGUUAUUGAAAAGGGUUCUGCCACAGCAGAUCCACUGAGGAACGAUGACAGGGAAAUCUUGGACAGCAAUGGGGAUUUGACCCCCUUUCAGUCCCCAAUUACCUCCUCUCCAUCCAUCAUAGAAUUUGAGGGUUACCUGUACUUCUAUAAGCAGACACUGGACCUGCUGGUGAGGAAAGGAGUGCUGACUCCAGAGCAGACCGACCUCCCGGUUGUGUCAGAGGCCAUCUCAGGACUGUGGGGCACCCUGCCGGGGGACAGGAAGGCAGUGUUCCAGAGCUGCAGUCAGGAGCAGGCCGCCUCAACUUGGCAAAGUUCUGAUAUGGAGCUCCCUUACUGGGAGGGGCAGCUUGACUCCUCAGAGAUCAAGAGCCAGGGGGCCUCAGGAUCCUCAGGAUCAACCUUCGAGGAGGAGCUGUUACAGGAUGCUUAUGAUGUGGUUCAGAAGGAAAUGGCUUCCGUCUCUGGAGACAGACCUCUUAAUAAAAUUAACACAAAUCUUAUGUGGGAAAAGCACCCACCGCCCUCAUUUCUUAAAAAUACUGAUAUUUUUAUUUCCUUUGCUUUCAGCCCAGUGUUUGGUUCCAGAAAUCGUAAAACUAUUGAGGAGCUGACUGAGCUUUACAGACAGAUUCUAGGUUUUGUAAAGUCCAGGUUGCAUAUGGAGCCUGAUGUCUCCCAGGAGUUGUCCUUGUAUGUGGACUAUGAGACCGUUUUUCUCAGAUGCACGGAAACAUUUGAUGAUGAAGACCUUUGAACCCCUGUGAAACAAGCUUUAUUAAUAGUUUGAGUAAAAACUGUAGAUGUAAUUGUAAUGUUUGGUUUGUUUUAUCUAAUAGUUUACCUUUUAUGAUGAUUAACGUCCAAUGCGAAGGACGAGGCAGGUUUUAAACCUCAGCCUGCAGUAGAAAGAUAUAUUGGUCGAAUAUGAUAGCUGUGGAUAAAUGACACACUCAUGGAAUUAUUGGAGGUUAGUGAAUUCAUUUAAAUAGUAAUUAAAACAAAAAUGUUACAAAUGCUGGUUUCAAGGUGUAGA